CUCCGCAACGGGCCAAUUAGGGCGGUGCGGAGAUGGUGACCAAUCAGCAGACGCCGCUGCCGGCUUUAUAAACUUCACAUAGGCAUUUGGAGGCUAUACUCCGACUGUGAAAGAAGGAAGCUAGCUAGCGCCAUGGCCAGAACCAAGCAAACCGCUCGCAAAUCCACCGGUGGCAAAGCACCCAGGAAGCAGCUCGCCACCAAGGCUGCGCGCAAGAGCGCCCCGGCCACCGGCGGCGUGAAGAAGCCUCACCGUUACAGGCCCGGCACCGUGGCUCUUAGAGAGAUCCGUCGUUACCAGAAGUCCACUGAGCUGCUGAUCCGCAAACUGCCUUUCCAGCGCCUGGUGCGAGAAAUUGCCCAGGACUUUAAGACCGACCUGCGCUUCCAGAGUUCCGCAGUGAUGGCCCUGCAGGAGGCAAGCGAGGCUUACCUGGUCGGCCUGUUCGAGGACACCAACCUGUGCGCCAUCCACGCCAAGAGGGUGACCAUCAUGCCCAAGGACAUCCAGCUGGCCCGUCGUAUUCGUGGAGAGCGCGCAUAAACGAUGACCUGAUCUCCAAAAUCCCCCAAAGGCUCUUUUAAGAGCCAC